ACCGUCCAGGUGUAGUGCGCGAGCUGACGUUUGAGAGUGAUCGCGCAUAGCCUGAUACACACACACACACACACACACACACACACAAUAGGUUCCUGUAUAUAGAUGCCGUUUCUGCUCAUCAUCUCCCUUUAGAAACAGACAUGCGGUAGCACAUUUGCACACAAAAGAAGAAAAAGAAAAAGAAGAAGAAGAAGAAGGGAUAGAAAGGAAAUUCCCACACCGGAGGAAGAGGAAGAGGAGGAAGAGGAGGAUGCGCGCUGGCAUGUCAUGUCGUGCACAGAGCUCGCGCUGGUGAAGGAGUGCCUCUGUGACCACAGAAAACCAUGUCUGAGCAGGCUUAUGGCUUGACUUUAUCCGCUGCACCUCCACUUCGCAGAGGAAGCACACCGCUACCGAUCAAGCACCUGUUAAGGCGAGAGGAAGCCGUGUCUGAGGAUUAUGAUUGGAUACCGGGGCUCGAUGCUGCUGAUGCUCCGCCCAUCAGCAGCAGUGAUGCUCAAGAUGCACCUCUCCUUCUUAAGGUUCCAGAGCAAAAGUACCGCGGGCCACUGCGGAUCGUCCUGUUGGGGCAGAACGGAGUGGGCAAAUCGUCACUGGCCCUCUCUCUCGCUGGGCUGUCGGACAGAUCACUUUCAGUAGACUCUGAAACACAAGCGAGCGAUGAAGGAUAUCAUCGAAGGGUGACAGUAGAUGAUGAGGACAGCUCAAUCUUGGUGUAUGACAACUGGAAACAGGAGCUCUCCACGCUACAGUGUGAGGUGUGCUUACUGGUGUUCUCGUUGACGGACCGCCGUAGUUUCCACCGUGUGUCUCAGCUGCGCUUGUUGCUGAGGGAGAGCCACCCCAACACUCCCAUCAUCCUCGUGGGCAACAAGAGUGACCUGGUGCGCUCCCGUGAGAUCAGCACAGAGGAAGCCCACUCCAACGCCAUGAUGUUCGACUGCGUGUACCUGGAGCUCUCCGUCUCGCUGGAUCACGGCACUAACGAGCUCCUGGAGACGGCGGUGAGGGCUGCCCGUGGCCACAGCCUGGGGCCUGGCUGGACUGAGGGAUCACCCGGAGGUGGCCGCCGUGAAAGCCUUACCAGCAGGGCCAAGCGCUUCCUGUCAGGCCUGGUUCCGCGCUCACAUCACGGCCGCGAGCGCAUCCGUGAGCAAGAGCGACACAAAGGCAACCGAAUGCUGCGGCAGAAAUCUCGCUCCUGUCAUGACCUCAGUGCCCUGAUGUAGAGAUUACGGAUUAGUUACUGCAGAUAGAAAAUAAAACCAGGAAUCAAUUUUGUCAGGUUAAAUCCAGGGAAAGCUGUAAUAAUGUUUGUUUUGGUAUCAUAUAUACGGUAUGUCAUACGUGUGGCGGUCUGGGAAAACCCUUUGGCUAUCGCUGUGGCUGAAUUCUGGAAAAAACAAAAAUGCUAGAAAAGAUUUUUUCUGUCAAUGAUAUACUCCGACAGCUUUACCUUCCCAGCUGUCAUCAUCAAAACAGAGAAGAGCGCUUACACACUCAGAGGAGAAAAAGUUUUUAACUGUUUAAAUGACGUAAUACAAAGUCAUUAAUAACAAAGUGAUUGUAUUUUAGCCAACAGAACCGACAAACGCAGCGAGUGAUUUUAUACCUCAGGUGAUGAGACAAAGAUGUGGAUGACGCUGAUAAUCAAAGUGAGAACUCAUUUCUGAUUGGAAACUUAUAAUUCUUUAAAAUUGGCAGCAGUGUUGUUUUUUCACCAGUAGAUCAGGCUAUAAAUGUAGAAAUUCGCAGGUGUGGCAUCUUUCAGUGGAAUUGGAAUGAAAGCUUUAAAUGCGAUUUUCUCCCUUUUCAAUUUUGGGGGGCUUUAAAAUGCUAUACUUUUUCAUCUUGUUUCAGAUGUGUGCAAAUAAAACAGUUCAGCAAAGUCUGAAAAAAUGGGUUUUCCCAUGCUGCCACACACAUCUAUAAAACGACAGGCAUAGAAGUUGAGUAGAAGUUUACUGCAGACUUUAUUAUUUUUGUUGUUUCAUAAAUCAAUACUCAAGAGGAAGAAGGAAAGAAAAGAAAUCCUUAUCACACACUUACACAGGCAGUUGUAGUGUAGCUCCUUGAGAAGCUUUAUGCUGAAAUUAAGCUUGAAGUGUAAGACAGUAUUAUAAUUAGUGCAUGGACAUUUUGCAUAUAGUAGUUGAUUUCCCCUCAGAAAAGACCCUUAAAGUCUUAAAAAUGGAUUUUUCUGCCCUUAAGAAUGUGGGGCAUUAUAAAUAAACACAAUCUUUUUAACUAUGUAUAUAUUAAGACAUCUAUAAAAUUUCGAAUUGUAGGAAUUAUGCGCCCUUUAAUAUUCGGGAUGCUCCUCUCUGAAUAAACAACUUUAAUUCUUAAAUGAACGUUUCACUCAUACAGUGCAUGGACACCAUUUCUUUCGUUCUAAGGACAUGUUAAUAGAUAGCUGAAUGAUGAAAGCAAUAUGAUUUGCCACAUGAGGUUGUGGAAAUACUAUAAUAAUUUCACUUCAGUCCUUCAGUUUGACAUGUUGCAUUUAGCCACUAACUUAUUUGCACUAAAAGAAACAGCACAGGCAGACAGACAAAUCUCUGUGAGAAACACCUUUUUUACUCUCUCUCUCUCUCUCUCUCUCUCUCUCUCACUCACACACUCUCGCUUUACCUCCAAGACUGCGAAUAAAUGUAUGCCUGAACGACUGCUUGCACUUAAACCACAUUCCACAAAGACAUGGAUUAUAGCCAUGCUCCGAGAAUAACAAGCUCAUAAGAAACAAUAAAUAUAGAUAAUUGUCUCUAUAUAUGUCUUUUUGGCUGCGUAUACAGUAAGGAAGCAAUACUAUGGAAGUCCUACGUCUUUAUCCACAGUCUUACCCUGUGUUUCAAUACUGUUUUAACACGCUCUUGUCAAUCUUUCUGACUCGAUUGAUCACGUCUAGCCACUUGCAGUACAAUGGAAAUUGGCCGCAAGCGCAAUGUAGCGCUGAACAAGUCAUAUUAGCUCGCUAAAUAGCUACGCAAGGGCCGUAUUCGGGAAUCGUUGACUUAAGUUCAAAAGUAAUGUAAAUAUUUACAUGGGGAAAGUUCGUCGUAUUCAGAGUCGGGUUACACACGUGCUUAAGUAGAUUUUUUGGGUGUUGCAUUCAGAUUACUAAAAUCACCUGCAUGUAGUUCAUGCCUCCAAGGUUGCCAGAUUUUCUUCUUUAAUUAGACACACCAAUUGAUUAAUUUAAUAGCAUCUAGACCCCCACAUUAAACACAAGCACUUGUCUUUAAACCCCCCAGAAAACCGAGCUGGAGUCUAUGCGCAUAAACUCCACUCUCUACAGCCCACACAGAAUAAAUGUCGUCGGUCAUGUAGUUGCCAGAGACGAUGUAGUUGUCUACAUUAAUCCUGAUUUAAAAAUAUCAAGCGUUUAAAAUGGUUUAUUAAACAGCUUCAUCAGCUGUUUCACACAGCUUUAAAUGAAAAAAAUUCCAUCUAACUUAUUUCACUUGAGCUAAUAAUGCAAAUGAAAUGAAGACAAAAAAAUGGCCCAAAGGAUAAUAACGAAGGGAAGUUAAUCAGAGUUAACGCAACAGAAACACUGUUGAAAUGCAGGGUUGGUUUGUAGUCUUUACCACAUUUUUCAACUAUAUAAGCACUGUCGUUCAAUUCACUUCGAAUUUAGGGUUCUCUGUGAAAAUGAGACUUUAGAGCAGGGGUCAUCAGUCGGUGGAUGGCGGUCUGGACUGCGGAUAGCAAAGUAUUUAAUAAUAAAAUAAUGGUGUAGCAGAGCUGAUAACCAUAUGAACAAAAAUCUUGCCGUAGUUCUAGUUUUCUAACCACGAACCAGCUCAGUUCUGUAGCUGUUACAGUUUAUCCAAUCACGUGUCUUUAUGUAAAUUAUUUUUAAUAGCUGAAGGCAGCUGAUCAGACCAGAGACUAGCUACGGGGCUAGAGCUCAGAAAGGAAAGAGUUUUCACCGACUUUCAUAGACCUUUCGUUUUAUUUACCAUCUCUGAUCUGAUCUGAUUAACUGUUUUUAGGAAAAAAAAAAUCGUAGACAAAAACAGAAUGUUUAAAGACUGUUGGACAAAAGAAGUAUGUUUAUUCUCUGCGCCAAGACGUAGAGAUGUGUCUCAUCUCUUCAGAGUCCAUGGCGUUAGUCAAAAGUGGUAAGAUGAAGCACCACUAUGAAAGGAAACAUAACCACUUCCAAUUGUUCAAAUAGCUAUAAACAAAUUCUUUAAUGUUUAAUCAUUAAAAGGUAACAGUCAGUCAUGCUAGUUGCUUAUCCAGACCUUUGUACACAAGGAAUUAUACGUAACUGGACCUUUACAAACUUUAGCUGAAUACCCCUGCUUUAGAGAAACAAAUGGCAAACCAUUUAGUACAUCUCGUCCUAUUGUUUUAUGUCCUUACAUUUAAACUCUUCCCUUUUUCUACACGAUCGUACUUGAACUGAGCUCGAGGAGCAUUGUUGUGGGGGCUGGCCACACACGCUUAUGCAACACCAAAACGUUCUGGAAACGUUGCUCUGAAGUCAACAUCGCAGUGUCAUUUCAUUGUCAGCUCAUGCAUUACUCACUGUUGAUGAACGUUGCUCACAGUGUUUUGGGGGACAAAAGGGAAAAUAAAGAUAAUUUGUACUCCUUC